ACUAUUUCUCCGACACAGCUGGACGUUAUUGAUGAACCGAUUCGACACCCGUACCGUGCUUUUCGUUGCGUUUGCUGCAAGAAUCUCCCGUGCGAGUCCGAAUACUUGCUCAAUUUCUCCUCAACGACUUGCUAGAUAGCUCUAGGCUCCGCCGAUUUAGGCUUUAGGACCAUGCUGUUACAUGCUUCAGGUCCGUGGCAGCUCAUGGCGCCAAUCGUGAUCGGAACAUGCAGAUGCUCUGGUCUUCGGUACUUAACAUAAUCGCAGUCCUCGUUAUACUGUUGCAAUUUUAUACAGGCAUUUGUCUUUCCCUUCCCUUUCCUUUGCUCUCCGUUACUCAAUUUGCUUUCUUUCUGCUGUGCAGCAAUGGUACAUAUUCAGAACUUUACCGAUGCUAGCUCAUUGGAACCACACUGGGGAUACGCCGAUCGCGUAGUCCCUUGUACCAACGAUGCCGGAUCAUGCAAAUAUCUCGACGUUGUCUACCAUUCACAUGACUUGGGGAUGCUAUACUCUGGCAUCUUCUGGGCGACGAUUGCUGGUAUAUUAUUCAUCUGGACAUUGGCUCGUCGGUUGGCUCCGUCAAGGCGCGCCGAUGAAGAACUUCUCGUUCCCGUACGAGCAUCCUCGUCUCCUUCUCAAGGUGGCAUUGAACGACUGAAAAGUGCAUUGGCGGCGCACUCUCGACGAUACCUCCUUCCCGACUUCUCAAGACCUAUCUUCGGACGCACCACCAGGCUACAAGUCCUUACUCUAGUUGUUCUGACUGGUUAUCUCGCCGUUUGGUCCUUCGUCGGUAUCGUAUACAACACUUGGGUCACACCUGUCAAGAAGAUGCCUGGCGUCUACAAUACUCGCACUAGUCUCGGACCUUGGUCAGACCGUGUCGGCACGCUUGCUUAUGCUCUAACGCCACUCUCUAUUCUCCUCUCGAGCCGCGAAUCCAUCCUCUCGCUUAUGACUGGGCUACCGUACCAGAGCUUCAACUUCCUUCAUCGAUGGCUCGGCUAUAUCAUCGUAGUACAAUCUACUCUGCACACAAUAGGCUGGACCAUUAUUGAAGCGAAGCUUUAUCAACCCCAGCCCACUGUUGCUCGUGAUUGGAUCAAGCAACUCUACAUGAUCUGGGGAUGCGUGGCGAUGAUCCUUUUGUUCCUCCUCUUUGCCCUCAGUACUCCCUGGGCUAUCCGUCUUACUGGCUACGAGUUCUUCCGCAAAUCGCACUAUAUUCUCGCAAUGGUCUACAUUGGUGCUUGUAUUGGCCACUGGGACAAAUUGUCCUGCUACCUUGUUCCUGCAUUGGUUGUUUGGUUCCUGGACCGUGGCGCACGUCUCGUGCGUACUGCCAUCUUGCAUUACACAGUGCUUCCUGGUGGCGAGGUUGCUUUUGGUCCCGCGAAAGCCUCAACGACUGUCUUCUCCGACCCGAAUGGCGAUGUUGUCCGCCUCGACUUCGUGCACCCGCAUGACGCCUGGGCUGUUGGUCAACACUUUUACCUCUGCUUCCCUGAAAGCAGCAUUUGGCAGUCACAUCCCUUUACGCCACUCAGUCUCCCUAUUCAUGAUGAUGUGUCCUGUGGCGUUCAGCAUUCAUACAUAUUCCGUGCCAAAGGAGGCGAAACCAAGAAGAUCGCUCAGCUGGCAGCAGCCAAGAUGCAACAGGCUGGUGGGGUUACACCCCUGACCUCAGUCAUAUUGACCGGUCCCUUUGGCGAGGAAAUCACUACCCAUCUCACUCAGGAUGUCAAUGUACUCUGCAUUGCUGGUGGAACAGGUAUCACAUACGUGCUUCCUGUCCUCUUGGGCCUUGCAUACCAACCUCGCUCAGUGAAGAGAAAGGUUACCCUCGUCUGGGCUGUCAGACAGAAGGCCGAUGUUGCUUGGGUACAGCCAGAGCUUGAUCGCGUGAGGCAACUGGCAAAGUCGAUUGAUUUGACCAUCCGCAUCUUUGUCACACGAGAAGCAGAAGGACAAUCCAGCAUCUCGGAAAAGUCAAAGUAUGCAGACCACGACUUCAAGUCGGUUUCAGAGCCCAUUGUCAGAUCCGAUCAGACGCCGGACUCAUCGUCUGCCGCUUCUACUUCCGCCGCGUACCCUUGCUGCGGCCCGCCGUCGGACUCCUUCGCUAUCCAAAAGACAGCGAUUCCAGCCUCGAAUCCGCAUGACGAGCCUAUCCACAGACAUCCUGACUUGAGCAUUCUUGUCAAAGACUUCAUCGACGAGACAGUCUGUGGAAGGACGACCGUGUACGCCAGCGGACCUGGACGUAUGAUCUCAGAGUUGAGGAGUAUCGUUGCUCGGUCCAACGAUGGUUCAAAAGUGUGGAAUGCAGACGAGCGAUACGAUGUUAGCCUUGUCUGCGAUGAUCGAUUAGAAUGGUAGAUGUGCAGUGCUCUGGAAAGUGUUGCGAUGUAAAUAAAUUUCACGCCUUGAUGUUCUCCUAUCGCUCUGUAUGUCGUUCUUGAGAAUUGUCGUGAACUCCCGCAAUACUCGUUUUCACACGCUCGCUCUUGUGCUCGAGACUGAAUUUAUUUCCUUACGUCAG